AUGGAUGGAAGUGAAGUGGAAAAUCAAACAGAAGUGAAAGAAUUUGUUCUUUUAGGACUCUCAGAUGACCCAGAGCUAAAGCUUAUCCUCUUUGUGGUGUUCUUCUUUGUCUACAUAGCCACCAUGAUGGGCAAUCUGGGAAUGAUAAUACUGAUCACAAUAGAUUCUAGACUCCAUACCCCAAUGUAUUUCUUCCUUAGCAGUCUUUCCUUUGUGGAUGCUUGUUAUUCUUCUGCUGUCACUCCUAAAAUGCUGGUGAACCUCGUGGCUGAGAACAAGGCCAUCUCUAAAAAUGGUUGUGCUGCCCAGUUUUACUUCUUUGGCUCAUUUUUAGGUACUGAGUGUUUCCUCUUGGCUGUGAUGGCAUAUGAUCGCUAUGUGGCCAUCUGCUAUCCACUUUUAUAUUCAGCCAUCAUGUCUGAAAAGGUUUGCUUCAUGCUGGUAGCCAGCACAUUCCUUGCUGGGUUUGGGAAUGCUGCUGUCCAUACAGGAAUGACAUUCAGACUGUCUUUUUGUGCCUCUAAUCAGAUCAACCAUUUCUACUGUGAUACACCACCCCUCCUCAAACUCUCCUGUUCUGACACUCGUAUCAAUGGGAUUGUCAUCAUGGCUUUCUCCAGCUUCAAUGUCAUCAGUUGUGUGCUAAUGGUCCUCAUCUCUUACCUCUUCAUCCUUGUCACCAUCUUGAAGAUGCACUCUGCUGAGGGCAGAAGCAAAGCAUUCUCUACCUGUGCCUCGCACCUCAUGGCCGUCACCAUUUUCUUUGGGACCAUACUCUUCAUGUACUUACGUCCUACCUCCAGUUACUCAAUGCAACAAGACAAGGUAGUGUCUGUAUUCUACACGGUGGUCAUUCCAAUGUUAAAUCCCCUUAUAUACAGCUUAAAGAAUAAGGAUGUAAAGGAUUCCUUGAAGAAGAUCUUACAGAGACAUAGGACUUAG